CUGGGAGUCAUUGUCUGCAUUUCUUUUUCCCCUCUCAUAUGCUUUCCAUCAUGUCUUUUUGAUUCAGCCUCAUGAAUAUUUCUCCGAGCAGCCCAUCUUUCUGCCUGUACUAUAGCUCUGCUAGUACUUAACAUCAUCUUACCUGAAAAACUGUGAUAGCUUUCUAACUAGUCUACCUGAUUCCACCCUUGCUUCUCCCUUUCAAUUCUCGUAGUUACCAGAAUACCCCCUCCCUCCCUCCCUUCUUCACUCUCUCUUCUCCCUCCCUUCUUUCCUUCUUUUCCACAUUGAGCAGUAUCCCCACCCUCUUCAUUUGGAGACUGAAUCUUGCUAAGUCUAAGUUGCCCUGGCUGGGUUUGAAUUUGUAAUCCUCCUGCCUCAGCUUCCCAGAGUGUUGUGAUUACAAGUGUAUGCCACUGUGCCCAGUCUACCAGAAUACAUCUCUAAUUUAUUGUUAUUUGUUUGUAAAUUGCAUCAUUUUCUCUCUCACAGUAGGAUAAAAGCACAUUUUAACAGUCCUUACAGGGGCCGGGGAUUUAGCGCAGUGGUGCUGCGCUUGCCUCAAAAGUGCAGGGUCCUGAGUUCAAUCCUUGGUACUGGAAAACAAACAAACAAAAAUAUGCCUUAACAAGGUCCCUCAUACUCUCAUCUCUGCUUAUUUCCCAAACUCACUCCUAGCUUUUAUUUACUUUGGCCCAACCACAUGAUCCACUCAUUCUGCCUGAAGAACCUGCAUAUGCUUUUCUUCAAUCUGGAAUGAUUUUCCUCGCUGAUUCUCUUGUUCCCCAUCCUUACCCCUUCCACUUUUCUCUUAUCGUGUAGAGCCCUGCUUAAGUUCCCUGCUUGGGGAGUCCUUCCCUGGCCACCCAGUCAAGAGUGUUUUUUCUCAUUGCAUCCUUUGUGUCUUUAUUGUAUCUCAUUGCAUUGUUUCUUUCUUUAUUGUAUCUCCCUGUACCAAUUUGUAAUUAUGUAUUUACUUGCUCCUUUUAAAAUAGCUGCAUCACCUCCCUGUCACAAGGACAGUGACCAUAUUUGUUUUAUCACUACAUUCCCAGUGCUUGUACAAAGUAGGCACUUAGUAAAGACGUAUUUGUCAAACUAAAUGCUAGAUUUAUUCAGUGGAUAUGGAUCAGUCUUUAUCAGGCUCCAUGCUAAAUGGUAGGAAUGAAAAGAAUAAAAUAGAAUGCCUUCCCUCAGGAACAUUGCAUGGAAUGGAGGAAGCAGUAAAGUAACAAAAAGAUGAUUGUUUAGUGGAUAAGGAUGGAGGAGUGCAGGGUGUUGAGGAUCACACAGGUGGAGCACCUAAGCCAGGCUGUGGAAAAUCAAGGAAGUCUUUCUAAAGAAAGUGACAUUUACAGGAAAGCUAAGCAGGCAUCAGGUAAACAUCACCCAGGCAAAGAAGAUGGGAAGAGGAUGUCAGGCAGAGGGGACAGAAUGUGUGACAGCCCAGAAGAAAAAGAAUAUAGAGUUUUCCAGGAACUGAACAAGCCUGACUGAUCACAGAAUCAUGAGACAUGAGGUUAGAGGAAGAUAUGGUCAAGAUGAAGCUAGGCCUGUGGGCCAGUGUCAGGCUUUAGAAUUUAUCUUCUGGAUAAUGGAGAAGGUUGAAACACUUUAAAAAGGUAGUAGUGAUGAACCACACCUAUGUUUUAGAAAACUCACUCUGGCUGAAAGAGAGAUGGAUGAGAAGGUGCAGAGAGGAUGCAGGGGUGUCCAGGAGAGAACUGAUACUGAUACUGGCCUGGCUGCAGCUUUGGGGCUGGGAGAAGGGAUAAAAUUCUCCAGCGGAGCUGGGUUUGGCAGCACAUGUCUAUAAUCCAGCACUUGGGAGCCUGAGGCAGGAGGAUAGAUAGCUGGGAGUUCAAGGCCAGCCUCAGCUACAUAGUAAGUUCAAGGUCUGCAUGAACUGCAUAGUGAGACCCUGUCUCAAAAAAGUUCUUGGGUGGCAGUCCUGACGUGGAUCAGCUGUGGAAGAGAAUGCAAUCCCCAGGAGCUAUACUACAUGAGUCGAUGUGAAGAGAAGAGCUGCCGGUAACCAGCAGAGAGAGGCUCCAACAGAAAGGCCCCAUGGAGAUAAAGCGGAGAUGAAGAAUGGGUGUGUCAGUGAAAAUGGACAUCCUUGUAGCAUACAUUUGACAUGCGUGAUUUCAGAGUCUCAAAACAACCAUCUGAGGCUGGUGCGAGUGGCAGGAGUCAUCUCUGGUCACUAUGGCAAAGAGGGAGGACAGCCCUGGCCCAGAAGUACAGCCAAUGGACAAGCAGUUCCUGGUGUGCAGCAUCUGCCUGGAUCGGUACCGGUGCCCCAAGGUUCUGCCUUGCCUGCAUACCUUCUGUGAGAGAUGCCUCCAGAACUACAUCCCUGCCCAGAGCCUGACACUGUCCUGUCCAGUGUGCCGGCAGACGUCCAUCCUCCCCGAGCAGGGUGUCUCAGCACUGCAGAACAAUUUCUUCAUCAGCAGCCUCAUGGAGGCCAUGCAGCAGGUGCCCGACGGGGCCCGCGACCCUGAGGACCCUCACCCCCUCAGUGCAGUGGCCGGCCGCCCUCUCUCCUGCCCCAACCAUGAAGGCAAGGAGCCCUUGUACUGCCAGACGAUGGAGUUUUACUGUGAGGCCUGUGAGACGGCCAUGUGCGGCGAGUGCCGCGCAGGGGAGCACCGGGAGCACGGCACGGUGCUGCUGCGGGAUGUGGUGGAGCAGCACAAGGCGGCCCUGCAGCGCCAGCUCGAGGCUGUGCGUGGCCGGCUGCCACAGCUGUCUGCAGCCAUCGCCUUAGUGGGGGGCAUCAGCCAGCAGCUGCAGGAGCGCAAGGCAGAGGCCCUGGCCCAGAUCAGCGCAGCCUUCGAGGACCUGGAGCAAGCGCUACAGCAGCGCAAGCAGGCUCUGGUCAGCGACUUGGAGAGCAUUUGCGGGGCCAAGCAGAAGGUAUUGCAGACCCAGUUAGAUACACUGCGCCAGGGUCAGGAACAUAUCGGCAGCAGCUGCAGCUUCGCAGAGCAGGCGCUCCGCCUGGGCUCGGCCCCGGAGGUGCUGCUGGUGCGAAAGCACAUGCGAGAGAGGCUGUCAGCCCUGGCGGCUCAGGCCUUCCCGGAGCGGCCGCAUGAGAACGCACAGCUGGAACUGGUUCUUGAGGUGGACGGGCUGCGGCGGUCGGUGCUCAAUCUGGGCGCGCUGCUCACCACCAGCGCCACCGCACACGAGACGGUGGCCACGGGUGAGGGCUUGCGCCAGGCGCUGGUGGGCCAGCCCGCCUCGCUCACGGUCACUACCAAAGACAAGGACGGGCGGCUGGUGCGCACGGGCAGCGCCGAGCUUCGCGCAGAGAUCACGGGCCCCGACGGCACGCGCCUCCCGGUGCCAGUGGUGGACCACAAGAAUGGCACGUACGAACUGGUGUACACGGCGCGCACAGAGGGCGAGCUGCUCCUCACUGUGCUCCUCUACGGACAGCCGGUGCGCGGCAGCCCCUUCCGGGUACGUGCCCUGCGUCCUGGGGACCUGCCACCUUCCCCGGACGACGUGAAGCGCCGGGUCAAGUCCCCAGGCGGUCCAGGCAGCCAUGUGCGCCAGAAGGCGGUGCGUAGGCCUAGCUCCAUGUACAGCACAGGUGGCAAACGGAAGGACAACCCGAUUGAGGACGAGCUCGUCUUCCGUGUUGGCAGUCGAGGAAGGGAGAAGGGUGAAUUCACCAAUUUGCAAGGUGUAUCUGCAGCUAGCAGUGGCCGUAUAGUGGUAGCAGAUAGCAACAACCAGUGUAUCCAGGUUUUCUCCAAUGAGGGCCAGUUCAAGUUCCGUUUUGGGGUCCGAGGGCGCUCACCCGGGCAGCUGCAGCGCCCUACAGGUGUAGCAGUGGACACCAAUGGGGACAUUAUUGUCGCAGACUACGACAACCGCUGGGUCAGCAUCUUCUCCCCUGAGGGCAAGUUCAAGACCAAGAUUGGAGCUGGCCGCCUCAUGGGGCCCAAAGGAGUGGCUGUGGACCGGAAUGGACAUAUCAUUGUGGUCGACAACAAAUCCUGCUGUGUCUUCACGUUCCAGCCCAAUGGCAAGCUGGUUGGACGUUUUGGGGGCCGUGGGGCCACAGAUCGCCACUUUGCAGGGCCUCAUUUUGUGGCUGUGAACAACAAGAAUGAGAUUGUAGUAACGGAUUUCCAUAAUCAUUCGGUGAAGGUAUACAGUGCCGACGGGGAGUUCCUCUUCAAGUUUGGUUCCCAUGGAGAGGGCAAUGGGCAGUUCAACGCCCCUACAGGAGUAGCUGUGGACUCCAAUGGGAACAUCAUCGUGGCCGACUGGGGCAACAGCCGCAUCCAGGUAUUUGACAGCUCUGGCUCCUUCCUGUCCUAUAUCAACACAUCUGCAGAGCCAUUGUACGGCCCACAGGGCUUGGCACUGACCUCCGAUGGCCACGUGGUGGUGGCUGAUGCUGGCAACCACUGCUUUAAGGCCUACCGCUACCUCCAGUAGCUGCACAGGGGCCCUGCCUGGCUCAUGGAGGGAUGGACACAGGGGUGAUUGGACAAGAGGGUCUGGCUGGGAGGUGGGCCAGACCUGGCAGCACUGAAUGUGGGCCGUGGGCGUGGGUGCGCCCGGUGCCCUCCCUUUCCUCCCCCCACCCCACGGUUGCACUUUAUUUAUUCGGUUCUUGCUUUGGUGACUGGGUGAGCCUGGACUGUGGUCCCAAGGAUGUGUGCAGAGCUUCACCUUCCCCCACACACACUUCCCCUCCUCCCUCAGUCUGCUCUCCGCCCCCAGCCUGGGGCCAGGACAGCCUCUUACUCCAGGAUAGAAGUCCCUCUGGUUGUCUCCCUACCACCCCAUUCACACUGACAGAGACAGCAAUACCCCAUCCCCCAUAUUAAAUAAAUGUCUUCGCCAAGA